UCCGCUUCUGGUAGUUGAAAUCACGAACUACCUGGCGCCUCACCCACACAUCCUAUCAUACAUUGGAAACAUCUGCUCGUGAGGCGCCCAUUUGUGACGAGCCGAUCCCGUCACCCCUUCUAAAUUCCGAUCUCUAAUCCAAUAUAGGUAGCAUCGUCACCGUGCACCGAAACAAAAAGAAGCAGAUUUACGUGAUACCAGUCUCGCGGAAUCAUCUCCAUCAUACAUAUCCUCUGGGCUCUGAUCCUGGCGCCGAAGGCCGAGCAAUCUCCCUUGGAGAGACAAAGACUAGACUAGAGAGAGAUGAUGAACUUGUUCGGAGUCGUUGGACCUAGAUCCGUAUCUAAUACGGCAUGUCUGUCUACCAGACUCGCCUGCCUAACGUUUUUACUAUUGCCGCUGUUAACGGCCGCCGACCAUACACCGACGGUCUAUGAGGCCCUUGAAGAUUAUGACUUCCCCGUGGGUAUUCUCCCAAAAGGGGUCAUCGGUUACGAUUUGGAUAAAACUACCGGCAAGUUCUCUGCGUAUUUUAAUGGAAGUUGCAGCUUUUCUAUCGAGGGUUCGUACCACUUGACUUACGGCUCCACCAUUAAAGGCCACAUCUCCCGAGGAAAGCUCACCAAGCUAGAGGGUAUUAGUGUUAAGGUGUUCUUCUUUUGGCUUAACAUUGUCGAGGUUGUUCGGCACGGCGACGAUCUUGUAUUUUCCGUCGGCAUCACUUCUGCUAAUUUCGCCGUUGAUAACUUUGUGGAGUGCCCGCAGUGCGGGUGUGGUAUGGAUUGCGUCAAUGCCCAAGUAAGGAGCAUUCGAAUCAACCCUUUUGCUUCUUCUUCUUCUUCUUCUUAGGGAUGUUGUCUUCAACUAGAGAGAGAGAAACAAAAGAAAACAUUUCCGUUUUCUCCAUAUUGGAAUCCAUUCUAUUUUUUGUUCGUUUAUUUCAUAUUAAUCGGCAUUGUCAUUUCCUAUUUAUUUGAAUUAUGUUUCUAUGUCUUGGUCUGGGCAUGGUUUGUUGGGUUC